AUGAGUGCACAUGAGAUGAGUGCACAUGAGAUGAGUGCACAUGAGAUGAGUGCACAUGAGAUGAGUGCACAUGAGAUGAGUGCACAUGAGAUGAGUGCACAUGAGAUGAGUGCACAUGAGAUGAGUGCACAUGAGAUGAGUGCACAUGAGAUGAGUGCACAUGAGAUGAGUGCACAUGAGAUGAGUGCACAUGAGAUGAGUGCACAUGAGAUGAGUGCACAUGAGAUGAGUGCACAUGAGAUGAGUGCAUAUGAGAUGAGUGCACAUGAGAUGAGUGCACAUGAGAUGAGUGCAUAUGAGAUGAGUGCAUAUGAGAUGAGUGCACAUGAGAUGAGUGCAUAUGAGAUGAGUGCACAUGAGAUGAGUGCACAUGAGAUGAGUGCAUAUGAGAUGAGUGCACAUGAGAUGAGUGCACAUGAGAUGAGUGCACAUGAGAUGAGUGCACAUGAGAUGAGUGCAUAUGAGAUGAGUGCACAUGAGAUGAGUGCAUAUGAGAUGAGUGCAUAUGAGAUGAGUGCACAUGAGAUGAGUGCAUAUGAGAUGAGUGCACAUGAGAUGAGUGCACAUGAGAUGAGUGCACAUGAGAUGAGUGCAUAUGAGAUGAGUGCACAUGAGAUGAGUGCACAUGAGAUGAGUGCACAUGAGAUGAGUGCACAUGAGAUGAGUGCACAUGAGAUGAGUGCACAUGAGAUGAGUGCACAUGAGAUGAGUGCACAUGAGAUGAGUGCACAUGAGAUGAGUGCACAUGAGAUGAGUGCACAUGAGAUGAGUGCACAUGAGAUGAGUGCACAUGAGAUGAGUGCACAUGAGAUGAGUGCACAUGAGAUGAGUGCACAUGAGAUGAGUGCACAUGAGAUGAGUGCACAUGAGAUGAGUGCACAUGAGAUGAGUGCACAUGAGAUGAGUGCACAUGAGAUGAGUGCACAUGAGAUGAGUGCACAUGAGAUGAGUGCACAUGAGAUGAGUGCACAUGAGAUGAGUGCAUAUGAGAUGAGUGCACAUGAGAUGAGUGCACAUGAGAUGAGUGCACAUGAGAUGAGUGCACAUGAGAUGAGUGCACAUGAGAUGAGUGCACAUGAGAUGAGUGCACAUGAGAUGAGUGCUUGUACCUGGGAGCACUGA